AUUGAUUUUUAGACAUUUCAAAACAAGAGACUGGCUUAUGCUGUCAAGGAAAGCACUCUUGAUAGUCUAAUUACUGAGCUCCUUCUAUGGCUGUUGGAUGAGAGAGUUCCACAUAUGGAUGAUGGCAGCCAGCUUUUAAAAGCUUUGAAUGUUCUGAUGCUAAAGAUUCUGGUUAAGACUUGCCAUUUCAUUUGUAUCUGCAUCCUUCAAAGCAUCCAUUUGUAUCUGCAAGACUUGAGGAUGGAAGAAAUUAGAAGACGUGCUGGUGCUGAUGACAAGCCAUUGCGCAUGGUGAAAAAUGUUCUACGUGAACUAGUGAAGCUUCGAGGAGCUGCUAUUAAAGGUCACCUUUCAAUGGUUCCUAUUGACAUGAAGCCUCAACCAAUAAUUCUUGCUUACAUUGAUCUUAAUCUAGAGGUAGAAGUCAACCUAAACUAUUCACUUUCUGCUUUUUGA